AUGACUGAGAAUGAUAGUCUACUUCACAAAAAAAUAUUAACAAAUGACAAAGAAUUUACCUCUAAACCAAAGGAUAAUAAAACCAAUGCAACUGAUACUGUUAAUUUUUCAGCUGAUUCGAAUAAUAUUCAACAAAAUGAUAAAGAAUUGUGUCACUUAGCUCAUAAAGAUGAAAACAAUAUUCAAAUUUUGGUUGCAAGAAAAAAGAGAAAUGGAAGGGGAAAAGGGAAUUACAAGAAAAAUGCAAUUAAGAAAGAACUUACUAAGGAAAUCUCUCAAGAUUACACAUAUUUAGAUACUCAAAUGGUUAAAGAACACAAAAUUGAACCCAGCAACUCAUCUAAAAAAGAAAACAAUGGUAAUACUUCUAAUGAUAACAACAGAGAUAACAAUAAUCCCAAUGAAUUCUUUAUUUUUGAUUAUGAUUCAAAGGAGUUAAAACCGACCACAAUAAUAAAAAUACUCUUUAUCUCCAAAAAUAAAAUUGUCCCAUUUCCAACUGAUCUCAUAAACAAAAUAAAAACAUUAGAAAAUAUGAAAAUGACAAUUACGCAUACCUAUUUAAAGGAGAAAUGUAAUACAAAGGGCAUUGAUCCCUUAUACGAUGAAAGAUUUCAUCUUUUCCAUAAUUCUUUAAUGAAAACAGAAAAAAAAAUGUUACAUAAAGAUAAAGUAAAUGCUCAAGAAUUAGUUGAAAAACUUCAGGAUAUUUUAGACACAUUGAAUUUAGAGGUAUGGAGGGAAUAUAUACCGUCAAUAACUUUAAUGAAAGAUCCAAACGAUGAAGAAGAAUUGGAAACAAAAAGAACGCUUACAAUAAAAGCAAUUGAACGACUAAUGGAGGUCUCUGCAGAUGUUAAAAAAAGAACUAAAAUUUUGAAAAUAAGACAGGGCUAUGAAUCUUUUAUUCGUAUAACAAAAUUCAUUAAUCCAGAGGACACUUUUAUCUACAACCAAUUUGAAGAUAAAGAUUUUAUAUAUGGCUAUUCUUCUUCAUCCGAUGAAGAAGAAGAUGGUUUAAAAACAGCUAACGAAAUUAGGAAACAUCGUAGAGCAAAACUGGCAACUAAAUUUUCUAAGCCAACAAUAGUUAUAGAUGGUCAAUAUUUUAAGAUAGUGGCGGAACCGUUUAAUAAACCGAAGCGUAUAGUAACGUUUCCGAUUGAAACCCAGUCAAGAGUUUAUAAUCCUGAGGAUUAA